UGGUUGUUUACUGUAACUCAUACUAGUCACACUAAAGAGUCCGCGUUAUCCGGCACCGGAACACCGUACCUGGCGUCGCGACGAGUCGUUUCCGUUUAUCGGAGGCUAUCUUCUCGUUCGACCGUCCAAUCACCCGAUUCGGGAAGUGUCGCCGCCACCGUCAAUCAACCACAGUAAGCCGUCCCGUCCGGCGUUUUGGGUCGGACGCCUCCCUUACUCGCAUCAGCGCCGCAAGUCUGUUUGUAUUAUGAUGUCUCGGUCUGUGCGUGCGGAGACCAGAAGCAGAGCCAAAGAUGACAUUAAGAGGGUCAUGCAAGUCGUGGACAAGGUCCGCCGGUGGGAAAAGAAAUGGGUAACGAUCGGAGAGACUACCAUGAAAAUAUACAAAUGGGUACCCAUAAUAUCCAACGAACAGAAGAAAAAGUCUAAAGAGCAUUCUCACUCGAACAAAGAGAACAUAUUGGGCAAAAGACCAAUUGAGGCUACAAACUUCUCCAUUGCUGAUGACUCAAAUACCUCGUUUUCAGUCAGUGAUUCUCAUUCUCAAGAACCUACCGAAUUCGCCACCCAGUUGGGUUUUUCAGAAGAUUCCAAUUCACAGAACAGUGAACCGCCACCGGCUAAACAAAUAAAAACUGAAUAAGUUUUCCUCCCUAAUGCUUUACCCUUUGAAGAAAAAAAUAUUGAAUUUUUGUUUGUGUCUUGUAACAUUUUUUUCUGUGUAUAAACACAUUAACUACCUCUAUACGUUUUUUUAAAUUGUUCUGAAAUUUUGUACUGUAACUACUAUUGAUUGUUCUGUAAGUGUAUGUUCCCCUGCCUUUCCCUUACUUUCCUUCCUUCCUAAUGACAAACAUUCAUUCCUCAGUGUUGAUUUUUUUUUUGUAUUAGAAUCAUAAAAUGUGCAUUUGUGUAUAUAUUACCUUUAAGUUGCUAUUUUUUAUUUCAUUUUUUUUAAACUUAAUUUAUUCAUAUUUUGACUAUCAAAAUUCAAAUCAAUGGUAUAAAUAAAUAUAAUUGACUUUGCAUAUUAUGCCAUUGACUAAAUGAAA